AUGGAUCAUCAUAAGGAAAAUACUUCAUCGGACCCCAUCAGUUUCUUCCCAUCUGAGAUUACUGCAAAGAUAUUCAAUUAUCUGGAUGCCAAAGACAUCUUAGCAGCAUCGGAAGUAUCGAAAAGCUGGUAUAAUUUCAUCGCAGAUUCAUCGCAUUGUCUACGAAAAGUCAAACUCAACUUCAAUCCAAUGAUGAUUCGUGAUGGAGAAGGCAUCGACAAUUGGGUUUCCAUUAUGGAAAAUAAUCAACGCAGCUAUGAAAACAUCGAUAUUACUGGAAUCUUUUUCCGCAACGUAAUGCAAGCCUUGGACAUGAUGAAAACUUCAACACGAUGGAAGAAAAUGGAUAUGGAAAGUUCAUCAUUCAACUCAAGGAUGGACUAUUCGAUCUACUUCAAUGAAAUCAGUGAAACGAUGGAAGAUCUUCGUAUGAAAAAUAUUAGAGUCCGUAACAACCAUCACGAUGCAGUGGCUCGGGACUUAAGUUUCCCAAAACUUAAAGUUCUCCAAGCAUGCAUGAUUGCACCGGCUAUUAUCGAGGAUGUAUUUUGCAACAUGACAACUAUUGAGAAAUUAUAUCUUAGUAGUUAUUACCUCACCAAGAAAGCAAAGGACAACAUCGUGAAACUUCUGAAAUCUAACACGAACCUGAAGGAUUUGCAGUUGAGCUUCUCUUGCUUCACUGAUGUCAUGGCAACAGAAAACAUCAACGAGGGAAUUCAAUUCAACCUUCAAAAGAUGUACAUCGCCGGUCCUAUCUACGACUCAUGCGACUAUCAAAACCUGAAGACCAAUUUCAUUCAUUUUCUGUCAUCACAAAGAGAAAGCUUAACAACUCUUGUUUUUGAAGCUUGGAUGGGUCUAGAUAUCCUGAAAAUGAUUUAUCAACUCCCAAAUUUAAAGCUUCUCAUUGUUGGAUUCUUCUUUCCAAUAAACGAAUCAAUUGAUUGGGGAAAUGUUUGCUUACCAAAAAGUAAAUCAUUAAUUCAAGUUACUCUGUUGGAAUUCCCAGAUUGCUGUGACAUGUUGAAAGCAUUCGCAUCAGGCACUCCAACUUCACGAAUAAAUGUAACUUUUAGAUCUUAUUUAAAUUUCCUCCAACGUUUGCAUGUCGCUUAUAAAAUUAAAAGGACAUUCGGAAAAGAAUUGAAUUUAAAUGUAACUAAUUGGUAUUAA